UGAUGAGCCGACUGGGACAGCGAACUGACUGGCUCUGUUCGCCCGUGUGUCCCUCCCAACUGGUCCCCAUAUCAACCCGUCCCAUCAGCAGCAACCCCUCGCCCCCCAAACAUUGCCACCCAUCUCUAUAACCCCAUCUCUAUAACCCUCAUCUCAUCCAACCCAUCCCAACCCAUCCCAUCCCAUUCCAUUCCAUCCCACACACACAUUUCGGCUGCCUGGCAAACUAGUACAAGCUAGCAAGCUAGCAAGCAAGCAGGCUCUCCACCAUGCGCUUCACCUCGCUCCUUGCACUCGCGCUCCCCGCAGUGGGUAGCGCCAUGGCUUUCCCAAGCCCUAUGGCACCCACCCCGUUUGUGCCCGGCCAGUACGUCUACACGGGCUCAGACGCCCAGCCCGCUCGGAUCGAGAGCGCACCCGGACACCAUGGCGAGAUUCCCAACUCUUACAUGGUCAUCCUCAAGCAUGACGUACCCACCACCGCGGCUCUCGCUCACCAGCAGCUCAUCCGCGCCGCACAGCUCUCCGCCAACGCUUUCCACGCCACAUCGUCCCGCUCGUCCCAUGACGGCAUCCGUCAUGUCUACGACCUCCCCUCCCACAUCCAGGGCUACAGCGGCACAUUCUCUGAAGACGUGCUCGCCUACAUCCGUGCCCAACCAGAGGUCGAGUAUGUCGAGCGCGACUCAAUCGUCAAGACCCAGGACAUCCGCCAGCCCGCUAACGAACACGCGCGCAAAGUCUGGUCUGAGGCAUUUGGCUCCUACUCUUUCGCCGCUGCCACCUCUGCACCAGGUGAGCGCGAUGCGCACGCCAUUGAAAAGGGUGCGCCCUGGGGCCUCGCCCGCAUCUCGCACCGUGAAGAGCUAGGCUUUGGCAACUUCAACAAGUACGUCUACAGCGACAUCUCCGGCGACGGCGUGACCGCGUACAUCGUCGACACAGGCAUCUACAUCAACCACACUGAGUUCGAGGGCCGCGCCCGCUGGGGCAAGACCAUGCCCGUCGGCGACACGGACACCGACGGCAACGGCCACGGCACUCACUGCGCCGGCACCAUCGGCAGCCGAAAGUACGGCGUCGCCAAGCGCGCCGACCUCGUCGCCGUAAAGGUCCUCGGCAGCGGCGGCAGCGGAAGCAUGGCCGACGUCACCGCUGGCGUCCUCUGGGCCGUCGAGGACGCCAAGAAGAUCAGCGCCAAGCUCGCAGCCGAGCCGCACAGUGCCGCCGCCAAGAAGCACAAGGGCUUUGUCGCCAACAUGUCCCUCGGCGGUGGCAAGUCACCGACACUUGACAAGGCCGUUAACGGCGCCGUGUCCAACGGACUGCACUUUGCCGUUGCCGCCGGCAACGAGAACCAGGACGCGUGCAACACGAGCCCCGCGGGCGCCAAGAACCCCAUCACCGUCGGCGCAUCGGACGUUGGGGACAAGCGCGCGUACUUUUCCAACAAGGGCAAAUGCGUCGAUAUUUUCGCGCCGGGCCUCAACAUCAAGAGCACCUGGAACACGGGCAAGGACAGCACCAACACGAUCAGCGGCACAUCGAUGGCGACGCCACACAUUGUCGGUAUGCUCGCGUACUACCUGUCCAUUUAUGGCUCGAACGACUUUGCCAUCAUCAAGGACGCUCGCCCCAUGCCGACGCUGCAGCAGCUGCACGCCGUGUACCACCAGCAGACGGUGACGGCGGCCAGGACGUUUGCGCAGAAGCUUGCGCACGGCGCACACGCGCUGCUGAGCAGCGCACCGCUCGCGCAUUUGCUCCCCGUAACACUGUUCGAGUACCUGCUCGCGCCUACGCGCGCUGCGGAUGCGCCGGUGAUCGUUAGCGUGCUGCACCCGGCCGACAUGAAGAGCGCGCUCAUCGGUCUUGCGACGCGCGGCAUCCUCAGCGACCUCGACGCCGAGAGCCCAAACCUGCUUGCAUUCAACAAUGCGACCAGCACACCGUCUAAGAAGCUGCCGUGAGGCACGCGGGGCGUGCUUGUGUGCAUGGCAUGCGCCAGGCCAACCAUCGCUCCGCAUGACAUCUCACCCCCCCUUAUCUCUCUCACCAGUUUUAGUCGCGUGGUCUAAUGCACUGCCGACAUCCCCAAUCGAGCAUCCCUGCACGCUCCACGCGCGCGUGCGAUGCGCGCAUCCCGUCCGAAUUUCUGUUUCCGUGUCGGCACGCCUCCGCUCCGCAUCUGGCAAGAGUUGGCGUCGUGUCGCGCCGUCCCUGUCCACACGUCACGUAUGACGUACAUCUGCAUGUACAAAUACACACACAAACAUACACACAUUAGUUUUUGUACUGACUUCUCGCUUGUCGUCUCACACGUGUACUUUACAACGCAACCUGAUGUAGUUGUCUAGGU